GAUGUACUAAUAUACGUCACUUAAGCUUGAUUGAACUUGGCUCUGAUCGAAAGCUACUAGUACACGGCUUUUCCCAUGGCCCAACCAAUUCCCAUUCCAAUACCUAUUGCACUUCCAACUACGAGGUAGCAGCCCUUUACCAAACCGCAUCACAUUCACCCAUGACAAGAACCCUUCCUGUGUCCAAUACCGUCAUUUCAACUACUCCCGCGUCAACACUGGCGCCUACUCCUACUGCAGCGCUUUCAACUUCCAAUUUUACUCAUCCUCCCACGUAGUUGGUCUCACUGAAACCAACAAGAACCUUCCUAAUCCCCUCUCUCUCUCUCUCAAUUCUCAUCGUCUUAUAAUCCCCUUCACUUCCUCUGCCCCUUCAUUCCUUCUGCAUUAAGCAUACCCUUCCCCUUCCUUUCUUUAAUUCUCUCGAAAACCCAUAAAAAAUAGUAGUGAUUAUGGACGCUGAUCACUCCGUUCCUCGUAUUCCAAACACACCAAACCCAAAAGACUUUGCCAUGGGCGGAAAAAUAAUGCUCAGUGCUAUAGUCAUCUUAUUCCUUGUCGUAGUUUUGAUGGUCGCCCUUCAUUUAUACGCCCGGUGGUACCUCCUCCGCGAACGGCGCCGCCAACUCCUCCGCAGGAGGAGCCGUUUGAACAGUCACAGAAGAGCCCACAUCGUCUUUUACGUUGACAACAAUCCCGCUGCUCACCCGGCCCCCAAUAGCGGCCUUGAACCGUCCGUGAUUGCUUCUCUUCCGGUUUUUGUUUACAGCCCGAAAACUCAGCCGGAGGGGAUGGACUGCGCCGUCUGCUUAUCGGAGUUUGAGGAGAAUGAAAAGGGAAGGCUGUUGCCCAAAUGCAACCAUUCUUUUCACGCUGAUUGCAUUGAUAUGUGGUUUCAUUCGCACUCCACCUGCCCAAUUUGUCGAGCUGCGGUCGAACCGGUUCCGGAACCGGCGGCGAGCAAUUCCGCGGUUGAACCGGAGGGGAGCAGGAUUGAACCCGGUUUGAGUUCCGGGUUGUGCCCGGCUUGUGUUCAUGAGGAGGGAGACUGCUCUUCUACGGCGUCGCUGGGGUUGAGGAGGAAGGGGCUGGAUUCGACGGCUGUGAGAAUCGAGGUUCCGAGGAGGAGUGCGUUCGAGCCCGAGUUGCCGCUGAGUUCACCCGCGAGUCACGGUUUUAGGUCGCCCGGGACUCGGUUGUUGUCUUUGAAGAGAAUACUGAGCAUGGGCCGAAAAACACCCGGCACAGCACCUGCGACGCCGUGUGGGGCGGGAACGAGUUGCAGCUCGGGACCGACUCAGUUUGAUUUGGAGAGUGGACCGGCUGAGUUGACUCAGAGCCGGGUGCUGACCCCGAGGUGAGGGGUCUUGGUGUCAGUCCCGCAAUAGUUGAACAGUAUGGAGAAAUCGCAAGCAGAUAUUUUGACCAGUGUCAGAAAUCUGGAGAGCCGCCCGAUGCAGUGCGAAUUCUUGAGUAGGCGUGGCGACUGGUGGAUGACUGAAAUGGUUGACCUGUAAAUAGAUAAGGAUGGUGGGUUAGGGUUACUACUGCUGACGGCGAGACUUCUAUAUUGUGUAAUCCACCAGUCCUAAAUUAUUCAUUCAAUUAUUUGAUUUUAGCACAUUACAUUUGGCCGAUUUUUACUUGGACACCAUGAGAUUUUUUGUCUUUUGAUCUAUAUUUAGAUAGAUAAUGAAAGUAUGGGCCAUUCUUGUAAUCAAAUUCAACAACAAGUUCUUGAUCUAAUAAUUGAGAUUGAGAUUUCAAACUCAAAUAUUAGAAAUUCUCAA